AUGAGGAAUACGUCGCUUGGCCUCCUUCCUUCCUCUUCUCUGCUUCAACGCAGAAACGGAAGCUUCUCUCAUCGCUCCCUCAGCGUUGAUACUUCUCCAGUCGAGCUUGUGGCGGACCUCCUUCGCAGCAACAAAUGGAGUCCAGAGGUUGAGAAGGAGCUGAGCGGCCAGCUCCCCUCUUUCUCCUCUUCCCAACUCCUACUUCUUGUUGAGCGAAGUGGGGACAGCCGAAGAGCUCUGAAGUAUCCAGAGGCAUCGAAGGGGUCUUCCAUGAGCAUGAAAUUAGAUUUAUCCAAGGCAUAUGAGCAGCUAAAUUGGAAGUUUCUAAGGAAUUUUUUGGAGGUUCUGAGUUUCUCUCAAGGUUCAGUGAAGAGGAUUCUGCUGUGUGUUGGUUUAGAUGGUAGUACUAGUGAAUGGAAGUUUAUAUUGAGACGAGUAGAGGAAUCUGACAAAAAGGCUCCCCUCUCCCGUUAUGUAUUUAUUCUGACAAUGGAAGCAUCAGCAAGGCAUGUGCAGGGAGGAACGGAUGGAUGGUGGAAGACUCCAGCUUUCAAGAGCUCCUAG